AAGCCCAAAUCCCUAAUCCUCUCCACCUCUGCCUGAACCUAAUCCCCCUCUCAUCCAUUGAUUUCUUCUUUGCUAACCCUUCCUCCAUCAAAGCCCUCAAAUCUUCACACCAAUCUUUGUCUCCAUCAGAACUCUUACCUUUCUUCAGCAGCCCCUUCUUCUCAUCAUCCUAGAUCUAUCGAAGUCCUUUCGAAUGACCUUGGUUGGUACCUUUAUCUCGACGACCAAGCAAUGGCCAUAGAAGUGAUCUCGCUUUCCGUUGUUGAAGGACUUGACGAUGACGACCUAGCAACUGGUACAACGAACUUGAAGGAUGAUGGCAGCCUUGAAAGAUGAUGGCGACCUUAAAGGACAAUGGGUUGGGUUUGGCUUCAAGAACUUCACCAGUGCUCACUCAGUUUCCAACACCCAAGUGCCAAUGAUUGCCUUUUUUUUUUUUUUUUUUUUUUUUUUUCUUUUUUUCAUUAAAAAA